AUGAUUCGGUCUGGUUCUUGCAUUGUCGCUCGUCAUGCACAGUUGCGGAAUUUCACGACCGGUAAGGAUCUUCCUAUAAUUCGUUAUGCUGACGCUAAACGGAAAGAAGUCGAAGAUAUCCUCCAACCAACGGUUACUAAGGUGCCGAUUACGGUGAUAGCCGAUGAAGCUGCUGAUAUUAGUGGUGUUCCUAGCGAACAUAAAGAGGAGCGGAGAGCAAGAAUAUUUCGAGCUGCACGAGAAGCUACUCAGGCUUCGUGGAACAACACCAAGGCAUGGCGAAUUGAGCUUGAUAAUCGUUCACGAUGGGAAAAUCCUCUUAUUGGAUGGGGAGAUCCAUUAUCAAAUAUAUCAAUGAAUAUGAAGUUCGCUAGCAAAGAGGAUGCUAUUGCCUUUUGUGAGAAAAACAGAUGGCCAUACGAGAUAGAGAAAGAACAUGUUCGUGAAAUUAUCCCUAAAAGCUAUGGGACUAACUUCUCUUGGAACAAGAGAACUCGAAUAAGCACCAAGUAG